AUGGUUUUCAGACCAUUGAUGAAAGAGAAACUACAUCAAGGGAUCACGCUUGUGGUUGACAGAUACGCCUUUUCUGGAGUGGCCUUCACCAGUGCCAAAGAGUUAAGCCCAGAGAAAGCAGCGGAACGCGGGAACUUUGGAAAUGAACGUUAUGAGAACAGCUCCUUCCAAGAGAAAGUUCUACAGUCCUUCUAUUAUCUGAUGAAAGACAAGACCUUAAACUGGAAGACAAUGGAUGCUUCAAAGAGCAUAGAAGAUUUGCACAAGGAAAUCAAGUCCAUUGCAGAGGAAACCAUGCAGGAGGUUCAGAAUAAACCUUUGGGAGAACUCUGGAAAUGA